AUGGCGUUGGAUCCCGGUGAAAACCCACCGGAAAUCACUCAAAAAUCUAUUUUGGAACACGGGCAAGCACAAAAUGAAGCUCAGGUCGUUGAACCUGAGGUUCAUACGAGACUAAAUACAGCUGGAGCUCGAGUUGGGGUCAAAAUCAAUCCAAUUGAGGUAGCAGCAGCACAGCGGACAAGCGCCGAGGGUCUAUUCGAUAAAUACGGUCGAAAACAUAGCUAUCUGCGGAUAUCGUUGACAGAGCGAUGUAAUCUGAGAUGUAAGUCGGCUGCUUUUUUGGAGGAAAGUAAAAAAAUUCCGUCCUUUGGAUCAGCAGUAUUUUAUUUCAUGUUUGAUUGA